UAUUGUGGAAAGCGCACCACUUUCUGGUGUAAAAUAUGUAUUUAAACAAGCGCACCGUUCAUUUUCCGGAGUAUGUAGGAUUUACGGAAACGGAAUCACAGGCGUGGCUUCGGAACUUCCGUCUUUUACAGCGCAAAAAUGACGGCGACUCUGCGUCCCUACUUAAACGCCGUGAGGGCCACCCUGCAGGCGGCCGUGUGUUUGGAGAACUUCUCCUCUCAGGUGGUGGAACGUCACAACAAGCCCGAGGUGGAAGUCAGGAGCAGUAAGGAACUUCUGCUUCAGCCUGUUGUGAUCAGCCGCAAUGACAAGGAGAAGGUUCUUAUCGAGGGAUCCAUCAACUCUGUCAGAGUCAGCAUUGCUGUCAAGCAAGCUGAUGAGAUCGAGAAGAUUCUUUGCCACAAGUUCAUGCGCUUUAUGAUGAUGAGGGCAGAGAACUUCUUUAUUCUAAGGAGAAAACCAGUAGAGGGGUAUGAUAUCAGCUUCUUGAUUACCAACUUCCAUACGGAGCAGAUGUACAAACACAAGCUGGUGGACUUUGUCAUCCAUUUCAUGGAGGAAAUCGACAAGGAGAUUAGCGAGAUGAAGCUGUCCGUUAAUGCCAGAGCCCGUAUUGUUGCUGAAGAGUUCCUCAAGAAUUUCUGAAGACCACCUUCUCUCACGUUCCAUGUCUGAAAUGAUCAGACAUAAGGGAAAUUUGGGUAUAAACAGUGAGCCAAAGACUGAAGAACAUCACUCAAACAUGUUGGCUUUGUUUACUCAUCUCUGUAUUCAUUGAUAUCAGUGACUGUAUAUAAAGAAAAACUUAGCAAUUAAAAAUUUAUCACACUUAGAACAGAUGCCUAGACAAACAAAGGCGGGUCCUUAAAGUAUUAAACAUGCUGAUGUCCAUGAAUACAGAGAAUGUGUGUUCAAAUGCAAUUCAGUAGUUUGGUGUUGGUAGUCUGUGUGAGUCCGUCUGCCCUGUUAUUGUCAAUUAUGUCUUAAGAUACACGUGCAGAAACGUGUGGUUAAAAAUAAGUCUCCAUAAUGUUGUAUAAGAUUAAAAUAAAGUGCCAAUGUUUCUA